CAGUUCUGAUCCCCAGCCCUGUUCCUCUCCUGUUUUAGACAAAACUGGCUAUUAAGCACAAGAGUGAUGCACCUUGAUGAAAACAAAGCUGGUGUUUGGUACGUGCCCUGUGUUGUGCAGGGUUACAUCCAUGCCUGCCCUUUAAGGCCCUUGGUAUCAGGGCUGAUUCCUCCUGUGCAGUGACCAAACAAACAGCAGUGGUAACUAAGAGCAAUGGCAAACAAAGAGUUUCUAUAUUCCUGAUAUGCAAGUGAAAUAAGAAUGGGGGAAGCAAGUGAGAUUCUGUAUUCCUUCUCAUCCAGAAGCACAGUCUAGAUGGGGCAGCUGGUGCAGCACUGGGUGCACAGGUAUGUUUUGCCUGCAGAAAUGCAACACACAAGCUUGGAACAAACCCAUUGAUGCUGCAGUUUAUUGUAGCUGUGACAUAAUGGAGCCCACGGGACACAGACUGUGUGCUUCCCCCCUGUCCCUUUUAAAAGUUCCUAUUGCACUCUGUACUGAUGACUUCUGGCUCCUAGAGCUUCCUUUUCCCUCAUGGAAAAGGCAGUGCAAUGGGAACAGUGUGGCUGGAGGCUGCUGGGGGUUGCCCUGGGGAAGGGUGGCCGGGAGGGAAGGGGCAGUGUGUCCCCAGCAGCCCUGCUCCCCUCUGCAGGUGGCUCCCCAGCCUGCAGUAAAGCCAGGGCUAAAUGGGGCCAUGAAGCUUAACAUGGACAUCCUGCAGCAAUUGUGGCUCCUGGGAAGUCACUGGGCCAAAUCAUCAAUGGAUUACAGGAAAAUGGUGUUCACUAAGAAUAAAAGCCUGCUUGCAUUUAAAUCAAUCAUAUUCACACUGAAAGACUCUGGAUGUUCCCUUCCUUUGGUCCUCAGCUGUAAGAUUGAGGCAGGAUAGUAGGUUACACUGGGGCACUUUACAUCCCAGAGAAUGCCCCUCUUCCUGUUCAAAAAUUCACUGUAUUCUCCAACAGCAAUACAACAAUGUCUACAAUGGCAGGGCAAAACAGAAAGAUUUCUGGCAGAAAAGGGUAUCAAGAAAAUUACCUGAAAUGGCAGCAAAAGGACAGCUGACAGAUGUGGACAUGGAAUUUGGAAAUAAGAAUGUGGAAGGUCUGAUACAGCCUUUUGAAUGAGAUUUCAAUCAAAGAAAUUUGGAAACAGCCCUAAUCCUGUCAAUUUUAUGAACAAAGAUUUUAUUGCUAUUUUAUAGCAUUCACAAUCAUCAGAAAGGCUGCUGUAGUUGUCAGCUUAACAGGUCUGUGCUCAGUCUUUUCAUCCACACAUCCUUCUACCUGUGCCUCUCCACAUUCAGCUUUCCCUUUGAACUUCACUGCCACCAUAACCUGUUGAAAACAGGCUUGGAGAAUUCAGAGCAGAAAUGUCUUUCUGGUGCUUUUAUAUGCUGUAUGGCACAGAAGCCUGUUGAAGAACUGGAGCCCUACUAGCACUCAGAAAAUAGGCAUAAAAAUCUUUCUUAUGUAGCUGCAUCCACUUUCUGCAGCUUUUCAUUUCCACCACAACUCAACUGCCUAGAAGACAUUCUCUGCAAACAUUGGAAAUGAAGAAUUUACAUACAGACUUAACACCUUAGUACUAUUUAAGAAAGGAAAGUUAAUACCUGUUGUCUCCAUGGCUUAUUUCACUGCACAUUUAAAAACCACACUAAAGAUCCUCUGGUCCUCCCCCACCCCCAAAACAUCCCUGAGUAACUGAUGAUGAGCCAGAGAAAUGCCCCGAAGCGGGGGUAGCAGUAGGAUAUUACUUGGCUGGCUCAUGCUGCACAACGGGCUGUGGCAGCACCUGGUGGGUCCUGGGCCCUCUUGCGCUGCCACAGUCCCUUCUGGGAGGGGGCAGGAAGGAGGAGCCUUGUGCUGUCAGGCAGUCCCAUCUGCAGGAACUGUCCCACCCUUGGAGGUCUCUCGGCAUCCCUUAGUCUUUGCACUCUCACAUUUUAUCAAGUCCUGUUAGCACCUGUUCAUCUAGAUCUUCCCCAGCCUGCUCCAUACUGCCAGAUGAUAACCCACAUUCUUCAUUCCCACUCAGCUGUGGUCCAAGUUGGUUUCUCUGUGAAUUGCUGCCACAGAUUUCUCCAGAUUGUCCUAAAUGUCAAUACUGGGGAAGAUCUCCAUCACUGAUUCACUGAGGAGUGAUGUCUUUGAGACUCCCUGGUCCAGCUGAUAUAGAGUUCAGGGAGGGUCAGGAAAUCACUUUGAGACAUCAGGUUUGUGAAAAACUGAACCCAUCUCAAGGAGGAGAACACUCCAGUUCUGCUUGCACAUGGUCUGGGUACUCUUGUAACCCCCUCUCAGCAGCCUGCCGUCUACAUUAUACACAUCCAGAUUAAAAAAAAAAAAAAAUAAAAAAUUGAAAGAAAACACCAGGACUGCCUGCAGUCAGUGCUGCCCAAAAAGAAACCCUGGAGAAAGAGGCACUGUCAGUCUGAAGUCCCAUGGUAGAAUCUGUACUGAAAAAUCUGAAGAGUGAGGAGGUAGGAAAUCGCUUCCAAGCUUUCCAAAAUAUUUGUCAUCAUGUACAGAAAGAUACUGGAAUAUUCAAAAAUCCUCAACUGUAUAGGUCCCAUAAGGGUGCUCUGCUGUCUGGGCAGUACAGCUUGUACCAAACACUAUGGCAGUUAGCACAAGCACUGCAAAUAUGUGAGAGGGUCAAAAUUCAAAAGAGCCCUUUAAAAACCACAUGGACCACUAACACAAAAUUAUGUUUCUUUGAUUUCUGCCAGAACAGCUCUGUAAAUUGAGCAAUAAUUUUUCUAAGAAGGAUCCAGAAAUAAAAUACACACCUGUAGUACUGCAUGGGGUGUGAGGGGAAGAUGACCAAAUACUUAUGUGUAAUUCUAGUUACUGUAUCCAAAGGAUGAUGCACAACAAUAAUUUGUCUUUAUGCUGCUAUUAAGGUUGCAGUACUGCAUGGGCAAAGCUGAGCACCCAAACCAGUCCCCUUGUCCCAGUUAUGUUUAAGUGGUAGGGUCCUACAAACACAGUUUUAUAUUUAUGCCUGCCAUAGCAUCAUCAAAUGUUAGCACUCACCACUUCAGCUGCUUCCACUAAGAAAGACUUUGAGCUGUUUAAUGCACCUGAUGCUGAUCAUUCCUGCCUGGAGCCAUGGUGAAAUGCAAUCACCUGUCACUGUUCUAUUUAUUCCUGGGGCAUUUUGCUAGAGGCAUUCAAUGGGUGGAACUUAUUUCUUUUUCUUUUGAGAUUAGAAAUUAUGUGAAAUACUUAUGAGUUAAUAAUUUUUUAGCUUUAAAUCUGUUUGCCUUGAUUUUCUAGAGAUUUGCUUCAGGGCUGAAGGAGAAUGUUUCCAGGUGAACCUGAUUUGGUUCUGACAGUUGGGACAGAUGCAGUUCAUUUGGGGGAGGGAGGGAAAAUGGUGAAGGGAGGAUAAAAGGCUUUGGAAGGUGGUUUGGAGUCCUUUCUCUCAGGGAAGCUUUGUAGUCUUCUGUCUUAGUAGCUGCCUGUUGUUUUCUCCUUCAUAUUAUGCCAUCACCUAUUCCUCUUAAUUGUUUUCUUUCUUUUGAGUAUUCCCCCUCUGCAAAUUUGCGCCCCUGCAGCAGCCCUUUAGUUAUCCCUGGCAAAGACAGCAAAAGCUUUUUGGGAGGAGCUUCCUCAGCCAGGACUCGCCGCUUGCCCUCACGCCUGUCCUGGUGCUCCAUUGACUGGGAGCAGCUCUGCCUCCUGCAGCCCUUGGGAUCUGGGGGCUUUGGCUCUGUCUACAAAGCCACCUACCAUGGUGCAACAGUGGCUGUGAAGCAGGUGAAGAAGAGCAGCAAAAACCGGCUGGCAUCGCGGCAGAGCUUCUGGGCUGAGCUGAAUGUGGCCCAGCUCCAACACAACAAUGUGGUCCGUGUGGUGGCUGCCAGCACCUGUGCCCCAGCCAGCGAGAACAGCCUGGGCACCAUCAUCAUGGAGUACGUGGGUAACAUCACUCUGCACCAUGUCAUUUAUGGCACUGGGGAUGCAUGGAGACAGGGGGAGGAUGAGGAAGAAGGAUGUGGAGGGAAGGCCCUGAGCAUGGAAGAGACUGUGUGCUAUUCUUGUGACAUCACGACAGGCUUAGCCUUUCUGCACUCACAGGACAUUGUGCACUUGGACCUGAAGCCUGCAAAUGUUUUCAUCACUGAGCAGGGAGUGUGCAAGAUUGGAGACUUUGGGUGCUCCCAGAAACUGGAGGAGGGCUCAUCCCAGAGCGCCCGUGCUUGCCAGCAAGGGGGCACGUACACCCACCGUGCCCCUGAGCUCCUCAAGGGCGAGAGGGUCACUGCCAAGGCAGACAUCUACUCGUUUGCCAUCACCCUGUGGCAGAUGGUGACGCACGAGCAGCCGUACCUGGGCGAGCGGCAGCACGUGCUCUACGCCGUGGUCGCCUACAACCUGCGCCCGUCUCUGGCUGCCCCGGAGUUCCACGAGUGCCCCGUGGGCCGGGCCCUGCACAGCAUCGUCAGCUGCUGCUGGAAGGCCAACGCAGAGGAGCGUCUGCGUGCAGACCAGCUGCUCCCCAGCCUCAGGGCCCUCAAGCAGCGCCUCUAGGAAAACUCAGCACUCUUUAUAUUCCUUCUGUUGAAUUUUUUUUCCCUCUACCCUUCCUCUGAACAUAAUUAAUUCAGCCACUGUGUGAUCUAAAGGUUUUGUUGCUGUUUUUUAUACUGGAAAAAAAUACCCCAAACUGUUUUGAUAUAGGAAAAUUAAAAUUAGAGAGAUUUAUUGAAACUAUGGGAUUUUACCCUGGAAGGGGAUAGUGGCAAAGAUAAUGUUUUUUCUGUUUUUUUCUGGUUGAUGUGUUGUGUAAUGCCUUGCUCACUAGGAAAUGUGAUGUGCAGAAAAACUGUUGGUUGUAAUUAAGUGAACUAAAAACCAGGGUCUGCUUUUGGAAGGUUCUUUACGCAUAAUACCUUUUGGUAUUUUUAAAAUGUCAAAUAUGAGUAGUUCUUGACACCAACUAGGGUAGUACACUUCAGCUUUUCCUCUUCACUAACCAAGGAAUGAGUAUGUAUUACAAAUCAAUUAAUGCAGAAAAAUAAAUACAGGGUGUCAGUGGUCUAUUUAACUUGUUCUUAGAUGUACCUAAUUUCAGUAAGUAUGCUGCUUCUGAUAUGGAAAAUGUGAACUACUCACAUACUCCUUGAAAUAAAGAACCUUUUUGUCAGUCUAAGGCUACUAAGAGUAAGAAGUUGCAUUAACAACUUGUCCUUUUAUAAGACUUCCCUGCUACCAGGUGUGUCAGUAGCAACUUGCUAGUUGGAACACUGUAAAUUUUGAAGCAUUAUAAGAAGAUUUUGUGCAGAAUAGAGUUUAAAAAAGGUGGGAGGAAGAAUGGUAAAGUGAGGAUUAUUUUGCUUUAUAACACAUGGCUCAGUGUUGGACAAGAUACUGGAAGUACUGAAAAGGAAGCUUGCUUACAGCAGUAAUAAUGUUCCUCUGCUGGUGCUCAAAGCAUACACUAUUGAACUAUCCUGUGCACUGCUUAUGUCUUAUCUGCUAUCUUUCCUAAUCUGGUUGUAGUGUGUCUGGGAAAGGAAGUGCUGGAGGCAACACUGAAGACAAAAAGCUCUGAUCCCUGACUUAUCAGAGCUGAUAAUUGUACAUCUGCACCCUUAUCUGGAGCUGCCUGCUGUAGCUGAUAUUGCCAUUCUGCUCAAAGCCUCUGCUUCUUUUUAAGACAGGAGAAAGAGUGAUGUUUCAGUCAAAUUGUUUUUCUUCUUUACCCUUCCUCCCCCCUGCUUCCAUUCUGGAAAAAAAAAAAUCCCAAAGGAAUGGAGCCAGUUUCCUGAUUUCUGACACACAUCUGUUCUUAGCCCCGUGAAAUCCUGGAAAUGAGCAACUAUGUGAAUUUGAGAUGAUUCUGUAGGUCUUUAUGGUAUUUGGGUUGGUAAUUGAAAUUAAUGGUUUAUAAAGCAUAUCUGAGCUUAACUAUUUCUUGGUCUUCUGUCCCCCUGAAGUGGAAAUAGAAAAUGCUGGCUGGAAUAAAAAACCCUGAAGUAAAUUCUGGGAAAAGUUUCCUGUGUUUCUCUGUCAAAAUAAUUAUGCUAUAGAACCAGAACUUUUUUUGUGUGUGUGUAUUGUGUAACUUAUUUAAUAAAGAAGUUGUUUUAUAGAAGUUAUGAUAAUAAGUCAGUUACCUUUUGAAAUGAUUAGCUGAGGGCAUGCAAGAUAAAUUUUUAGAUAAAGCCAUUGACGUGCCUUACCUCAAUAUCAAGCAAUAAAAAUGUUUCUGCAGCUUUGAAAAGAAUAAAGAAUUGAAUUAAUUUUUUCUAGUAGUUCCUAAAUGCUUGUGUUGUAUUUAUUUUGCCAGUCUAGGAAGCUUGCUGCUUAUACUGCUAGAAACCUGUGAUUUUUUGCUUAAUGAUACUUUAGCAUCAACAAGUGCUACUUGAGCCUCUGUGAAAAAUCAAGCA